AUGGUUCGGGAAUGUGCAAAGGUAGGUCUUCUCACACUUGUACCAAGCUUGACUGGCAGUGCCGCAUGGUUGCCUGCUUCGGCUGGCUCGGCUGGCUCGGCUGGCUCGGCUGGCUCGGCUGGACCCGGUUUCGCCGGUGAUGAUGCUCCCCGAGCUGUCUUCCCUUCGGUCGUCGGUCGCCCGCGUCACCAGGGUGUCAUGGUCGGCAUGGGUCAGAAGGACUCGUACGUCGGUGACGAGGCUCAGUCAAAGCGUGGUAUCUUGACCCUCAAGUACCCUAUCGAGCACGGUAUCGUCACCAACUGGGACGACAUGGAGAAGAUUUGGCACCACACGUUCUACAACGAGCUUCGUGUCGCUCCCGAGGAGCACCCCGUCUUGCUCACCGAGGCUCCCUUGAACCCCAAGGCGAACCGUGAAAAGAUGACGCAGAUCCUCUUUGAGACGUUCAAUGCUCCCGCUUUCUACGUUGCCAUCCAGGCCGUCCUCUCGCUCUACGCUUCCGGUCGUACCACUGGUAUCGUUCUCGACUCGGGUGACGGUGUUACGCACACUGUGCCCAUCUACGAAGGUUACUCGCUCCCGCACUCGAUCCUUCGUCUCGAUCUUGCCGGUCGUGACUUGACCGAAUAUCUGGCUCGUAUCUUGACUGAGCGUGGUUACCCUUUCACCACGACUGCCGAGCGUGAAAUUGUUCGUGACAUCAAGGAGAAGCUCUGCUACGUUGCUCUUGACUUUGAGCAGGAGAUGCUUACCGCUACCCAGUCUUCGGCUCUGGAAAAGUCGUACGAGCUUCCUGACGGACAAGUGAUCACGAUUGGUAACGAGCGAUUCCGUACACCCGAGGUUCUCUUCCAGCCCGCUUUCCUUGGUUUGGAAGCUGCCGGUAUCCACGAGACUACUUACAACUCGAUCAUGAAGUGUGACUUGGACAUCCGAAAGGACCUGUACGGCAACAUUGUCAUGUCCGGUGGUACCACAAUGUACGCCGGUAUCUCGGACCGUAUGCAGAAGGAGAUCACCGCACUGGCUCCCAGCUCGAUGAAGGUCAAGAUUGUCGCUCCUCCCGAGCGAAAGUAUUCAGUUUGGAUCGGCGGAUCGAUUCUGGCUUCGCUUUCCACUUUCCAGCAAAUGUGGAUCUCGAAGCAGGAGUACGACGAGAGUGGACCUUCGAUUGUUCACCGCAAGUGCUUCUAA